AUGGAGUAUCGAAUGAAAUUGCAAAAGUUUCUCAAAAUUGUCGAUUAUAUAUUUGUUGAAUAUAUACCUUUCCCAAAAUAUACUUAUCCAAUCAUUAACCUCGUUUAUAGGAUGCUUUUCCACUGGUUCCGUCAGUACUGCCUGUCCACAUCCCACACCGUGGUGUUGGACACCAACUACGGAAAAGUAUGUGGCCUCCAAAGAAAGACGGCGUACGAUGGGGAGCUGUACUUCGCCUUUGAAGGAAUACCUUAUGCCAAGCCUCCUGUGGGUGAGAUCCGGUUCAAGGCUCCACAACCGCCGGAGCCCUGGCAAGGAGUGCUAAAUUGCACAACCUAUCGAUCCAAGCCCCUUCAACGCAAUAUGGUGCUGGGAUUUGUAGAGGGCAGUGAGGAUUGUCUGCAUCUAAAUAUAUAUGUAAAAACCCUGGUAUCGGACAAGAAGCUACCAGUGAUCGUAUUUAUAUAUGGCGGGGUAUUCCAAAAAGGAGAGGCCUCUCGUGACUGCUACAGUCCGGAUUACUUUAUGAACCGGCAGGUGGUUUUUAUUACGUUCAACCACAGAGUAGGAGCAUUGGGCUUUCUCAGUUUUAAGGAUCCAAAGUUGGACAUUCCAGGAAACGCAGGACUCAAGGACCAAGUUCAGGCCCUCCGAUGGAUCAGCCAGAACAUUGCCCACUUCAAUGGGGAUCCCAACAACAUCACUCUGAUGGGCCUAAGCGCAGGAGCAUCCUGUGUUCACGUGAUGAUGAACACGGAACAGACACGAGGUCUGUUCCACAAGGCAAUCCUGCAAUCCGGAUGUGCACUGAGUGAAUGGGUGAAUUAUCCUGAUUUUAACUGGGCCCUCCGUCUGGCCCAGAAAAUGGGUUACAAAGGCGGCGAAAAGGAAGCAGACAUAUUUCGCUUUCUUAACGGAAUUUCGUCGCAUCAGAUAGCUUCAAAUGACCAAGAUGUGGUAACACAGGAUGAAAAGCGGAAUUUUCUAGUAUAUGCAUUUGGACCCGUGGUAGAGCCUUAUGAGGCAGGCCAUUGCGUGGUGCCCAGAAGACAUAAAGAUCAGCUAUCAGAGGCCUGGGGUAAUCGUAUACCCGUUAUAAUGGGGGGAAGCUCAUUUGAGGGGCUGUUCUGCUACCAGAUGACGAGGGAUGAUCCCUGGUUUCUUAGGAACUUCCACAAUAUCCUGCCGCGAGAAGUGAGUGAACCCUGCACUGAGGAAGAGCGGAAUAUACUCGUGCGACGCAUCAAGAAGCACUACUUCGGCAACGAGGAGCAGCAAGCUAUGGGUUUGUUCGAUGUACUGAAUAUCUGCUCCCACCGCCAGAUAUGGCACGACAUGCACCGCUUGGUUCUCGCUCGAAGGACCUACGCUCCUGAUACUCCAACUUAUUUGUAUAGAUUCGACUUCGACUCCCCGCACUAUAAUCUAUUCCGGUGGUUAGUCUGCGAGGAUGAUACUCGGGGUGUGUGCCAUGCCGACGAGCUUUCUUACCUCUUUUAUACGGCACUUUCUACACACCUUGAUAAAUCAUCGGAAGAGUACCAGACAAUCGAGCGGAUGGUGGGCAUGUGGACAUCGUUUGCAGGGACGGGAAAUCCCAAUUGUCGGGAAAUAGGAGACGCCAAGUGGGAGCCUCUCCAGCGGAUGGAAAGCGGAGUGGAGCGGUGCUUCAACAUCAGCAAAGAGCUGGACAUGAGGGUACUGCCAGAGGCCGACUCGAUGGCAAUGUGGGACUCCUUGUAUCCCAAAGGAUCUCUUUUUUAA